UGUAUACAUUCGACAACAACCAGAGGGGUUAUAAUCAAUAAUUACCUCUGAAGAGUAACUUAACUUGUGGUGGUGCUCGCGCAGCCUUGAGUCUUUACCUUUGUGUGCGCCUGCUCGUUGAGUUUCUCUCCUAACAGGUUUGACCAGGACACACCUGUGGGAAGAAAGAGGAAACCCUGUGUGCGACGACGCUUUCUUUACUCCCUCUCUGACCUUUGAGGACGACGGACAGACAGAGGAUCGACAAGGAAACUUUGUUUUAGAUUUUAUUAAAUUCAUCAUGAAAAUGUGGAUUUUUCUAGUCCUUGCUGCCAUUGCGGCAGGAGCCUCAGCUCAGAACUGUGCAUGUGGAACUAUGAAGUGGGCCACCUGUGAUGGAACUCCAUGUUCGUGUUUCCUUUUGGUUGACAACGGAAACCGCCAAACGCUGGAUUGCAACAAAUUGAUCCCGAAGUGCUUCCUGAUGAAGGCUGAGAUGUACAGAGCCAGAAAGGGCCUGAGCACUCGUGGAGUAGGAGGAAAGCCAGUGGAGACUGCCUUUGUGGACAACGAUGGCAUCUACGACCCUGAGUGUGAGAAUGACGGCAAAUUCAAGGCCAAGCAGUGCAACAACACAGAGGAGUGCUGGUGUGUCAACAGCGCUGGCGUGCGUAGAACUGACAAGGGAGACAAGGACUUGAAGUGUGAGAAGCUGGUGGAGACCUACUGGGUGCGUCUCCAGCUGACUCUCAAAGAAGUGAAAACUCCAGUGAAUGCUGACAAUUUGAAGAGUGCCAUUGCGGAUGCCAUUCACAAGCGUUAUGAUAACUUCAACAAGGACAUGGUGAAAAAUGUCGAGUAUGACCCUGACGCCCGCAUGAUUGUGGUGGAUGUGAAGAAGCCAAUGGGAGAACGCAAGAGUGACCUGACCCACAUGGCCUAUUACAUGGAGAAAGAUGUGAAGGUGCUGCCCCUGUUCAAGGACCAGGAGGCAUUUACACCCACUGUGGGCAGCCAGAAGCUAGAGAUGGAGAACAUCCUGGUGUACUAUGUGGACGAGGAGCCCCCGACUUUCACCAUGAAGCACCUGACAGGCGGGAUCAUUGCCGUCAUCGUGGUGGUGGUGCUGGCUGUGAUUGCCGGCCUGCUGGUCCUGUUCUUUGCCAGAAGGCGUCACAAUCAGCGUUACAGCAAAACUCAGCAAAGAGAGAUGGAAACCAUGUAAAGUCUUCAUUGCAGCAGGAGCCUAUGAAGAGUCUGCUCAUACAUCACCUUUGGAUGAACUUUUUUGCAGUGGGAGUGUGCCAUUUUUACCAUUUUACUUGAGGAUUGAAUGCAGAUUGUAAAGUUACAAUUAACUUGCUCUUUGACGUUAUCAUUGUUGGCACUACUGGUUCUGCCAUUUAUUUAUAAAUUGUGUAAAGUCUUAACACAUCUUCCAAUCGUUAUGCCAUAAAGAACUUUGCUUUUUAAAAUAUGCUUGGCACAUGCCUCAUGUUAAUGUUAGAACUUGCUGAAUGGUUUAAAGUCCACAUCAUAGAUUGUACAGUUUCUUUCUUACUAAUGAGUGUUUGAUGGAUUGUUUUUAAUAAAAAAUAUGUUUUAAAAAGA